CUUCAUUGCUGGAUAGAGUCACCAUGCUACUGCAGUCUUGGCAACUGCGUCCUAUUGUAACUCGCCUCUGAUCAGAGAAAUCACCCAAUUAACUUGAAAAGAUACUGGUAGUGAUAAAUGCUGUCUGUAAUUCAGCCAAAUCGGGGGUGUCGACAAGAAGUGUGUUGCCGAUGCUGUGUUUUCGCCGAUGCUGGUAUGACGGGAUGCUUACGAGGAUGAGGGAGACACCAAAGUGAGGCUGUGUCAGUCAAUCAGCUGUUGUUGGGCUGUGUCAGAGCCAGCACUUACAUUGUGCUAUAGCUAUCGGUCGCAUGUCCGUCUGUGUGUCUGUGUCACGCUUCAUCGCUCCCAUCCUCCACACCUGACCACCACUGUUUUGUGAGGAGUCCCAGCUGAUGCCAGUGAGAGCCUACUUGCCAGGUUGGUACAGGCAAUCUGUGAUUGUUCCAGUGAGGCCUGGUAGCAAGGCUGGAAUGAGGAAGUGAUUGGCUGCCUCUGGGUCAUUCAGUCACUGUUCGCCUCGGCAGUCACAUCUUUAUUGCCGAGCAGUCCCAUCUUUAUCACCUAGUUGAAGCACCAGUAUUUCUCAGUAACCCGGCUACAGCAGGAUUGUCAUCCUGCCUUCAUAUUCCAUUGAAUUCGGAUCAUCCUCAUAGUGUUGGUAACAUUUGUACAGUAGCAGACGCACAAUAGCAGACGCAAAUAGCAGACGCACACAAGCAGAUGUAUUGUACUGCUGCUGGCUGCUUGGCUCUACCACGACACAAUUGCUGGAUAUUUAUUAUACAAACAGAUUAGUGAAAUCAGCUAUCUAUUCCGGAGACAGUCGCCAGAGGAUGCUAUUCAGUCUGUUCCAUUAAUGAAAAGAUUCGCUGGUGGAAGUGAUGAUUCUAUGAUUGAAAUGUUGUGUGUCUGACGCAAAGCAUCUGUCUCAGGCUGGACUGUGUGCAUCAGUGUUGGGACUCUCUACCGAAAUACUGGGAUAGCCGUACAGGCUCCUUGACUACUUGAAUGAUUAUUUUUGGGAUGCGAAAAGAUUAUAGAGAUAGUAUCAUGCCUGACUCUCCGGAAUCAAAAGGUGUGACGCAAACAACAAGUUCACCUGCUGUCAGCACGAUGGCAUCUAUUCCGCCAAUUACAAGGCCAAUAUCUAGUGGUAGCACCGCGUCAGACAUGAGAUUGUAUUUUACAGGUCUGAAUGGUUCUCAUUCACCCCUCAGUAGCAUCAAUGGCCGCACACCAUCACCGCCGUCGAUGACCAAUUCCUCCAUGUGCCAGCAGCUCCCCCCUGCAUGCGGCGCCAGACAACUCAGCAAGUUGAAGCGCUUCCUCACAACGCUGCAGCAGUUUGGUUCCGACAUCUCUCCGGAGAUCGGCGAGAGAGUGCGCAUGUUGGUCCUUGGCCUUGUGAACUCCCAUCUUUCCAUUGAAGAAUUCCAUGCGAAACUGCAGGAAGCAACGAACUUCCCCCUCCGACCAUUCGUUAUUCCAUUUCUCAAGGCUAACUUGCCUCUCCUCCAGAGGGAGCUGCUCCACUGUGCACGGAUGGCAAAGACCACACCUCAACAAUAUCUCGCUCAGAAUGAACACAUCGUGUUUGAUCCAGCUCACUCCCCGUUAGAAUCCACAGACUCCAUCGCCUCGGACAUGAAUGAAAAUGGCAAACGCAGAUCACCAGACAGACCCAAAGAAAAUGGCGUGGAUUCUUCUCACAUGGAUUCCAUGCACCCAGCCAAGAGACACCACCCGAUGAGUCCCAUGGGGAGCAGUCGGAUCAGCCCCAACGGAUCCCUCAACCUCAACACAGGGGGACCAAUCAGGCUCGAGGACAUCAGCAUAUCACGGGAAAUUCGGGAACGAGAACGCAUCGAGAGGGAACGGAUGGACAGAGAACGCAUGGAGCGGGAGAGGGACCGAGACAGGCAUUACACAGGUUAUUCUGGUUACCAAAGAAAUGAGCCGUUUGACCCAUUGGAACGACUUGAUGAUGACUGGAGACAUGUUGAAACUAUGCUCAACUGUAUCAUUGGGAUGGUGGAUAAGACGAAGCGGGCGCUAUCAGUGCUGCAGGAGCGCAGUUUGCGUGACCGCGAGGAACUGUCUGUGUGGAUGCGACGCCAUGCAGAGGGCAUGGACCAGGAUGUGAAGAAACGUACAAGUGACAUGAUGGCAUACACGAUGAGACAGACGGAGGACCGGGUCUCCGAGGUCAGGCGUAGGGCAGAAGAGGCAGUGAAUGAGGUGAAGAGACAAGCGAUGCUUGAACUGCAGAAAGCUGUGACAACAGCCGAACAAAAGGCCUCUGAGAUGGUUACGAUAGAACGAAACAAGAUGGAUCGUCAGUUGACAGAUGUGAAAAAACAGACCCAAGAGGAAGUUGUAGCCAGCAUCAACCACCAAGAGGAGAGCAGCGAGAGUUGCUGGAACUGUGGUCGCAAGGCCAGCGAAACAUGCAGCGGCUGCAACAUCGCACGCUACUGCGGGUCAUUCUGUCAGCACAAGGACUGGGAGAGUCAUCAUCAUGUUUGUGGGAAAGCCCAGGUAGCUAGCAUUGCUGAAGCCCGAGAUCAGAGGAAGGCGACUAAUCGAGAGAGGGGUGACGGCCCACCUGGCAAGAUCCCUGACAUGGAGUCCACACCCACACCCACACCUAAGAGCCCUCAACAGCCCGAACCCAGCCCAACUGCAUCCGUGACGUCGGUCGCAUCGGCAGCCUCUACAGCUAACUCUCUGUCAGGGUCAAGAUCAAGCACGCCGGCAGAAAAUCGCUCAUCGGACGCGACCCGAUAGAUUGCUCACUAUUGUUGGUUGGACUAAGAUAUUGUGUAUUAUCUGUCGUGUGACGACCGCCUUCAGUAUCACAUUGUUGUUCCUGUGCGUGUUGGCGAUGUUGAUAUCGGCGUCGGUUUCAUGCCAGCGUUCUCAGUGUACUGGAGACUGACGUACGUACUAUGAGCUAUGUAUUAUCGGACAGUAUGACUGUGAAUGCUAUGUGUGUACUGUUCACGCUUCACGUGACCUGUCUGUGCACGAAGAAGGGACUUCACAACUCACCUGACAGCAAUCAUGAGAAAUCCCCAUUCUUUAAACUGUGGCCGAGGAUACACUGACACUACUUCCUAGACUUCAGGGUAACAUAUUGAUCUCAAAGUGAAACGAGAUGUGCGGUAUCGUGCUAUAUCUGUCUCAUGGUGAAGUGUACGAGAUGGAUCGGAGGGCUGUUCUCAAGUGUCUCUAGUCAGAAUGGGAGAGGGAAAGGAUUGUGCUGCCAAUGUUUAUUCGAAUGUACAUUUUCAUGAUUAUGUUGAUUACCAUGAUAAGUAAUCAGUAAUCACAAGUAAUGACACAUAAUCAGUAUAUCAUUCCCUAAUAGAAAGGAAAUGUGGAGAUUGACUCGGAGACAUUACAGAUACUGUGAGGUUGAGGCACAUCCCAUAAUUCCCUGGCCCACCACAGCCUCCUCCUGAGAUUAUUGUCAUGGCAACAGAAUCUCAUUUCCUCUAGUCCCUGUCUCUGAUAACCGUCAUACCCAGACGUGUAUAUCUCCCAAUGUGCAAUCAUUCAAUCCCAUGAGAUUUAAGGCUUUAAUUUUCCUAACCCACAGGUGAUAUUGUUUUAUUUUUUUUGUGCAUUUGUUAAAUGGUAUUUUGGGAAAAAAGACUGACCUUAUCUUUUCCUGGGUUUUUUUUCUACCCAGGAACUAACCACAGGUGAUGCAGUAAGAACAUGCUACCACAUCAGGUGGUCUGACGAUUUAAACAUUUCCUGGGGGAUUCUCAGGAUGCGAAGCUCACCUGUGUAUGUUCAUGUACAUUGCUUCCCAACCUCAAAGAUGUGUAAAAUAUGACAUAGUAAUAUAUAUGUAUAUUUGGCAUUGCUGUCAUGUAAUUAUGAAUAUUCUGUUACGUAUGUAUGGUGGACGAGUGUCUGAGCAUGUCAGUUGUCUCCCUUUUGUCAUUCUCGGACACCAACAUGUUGUUACCAUGGAGACAAGUCACUUUAGAAUGUAUGUUGCCAUGGCAACUUAAUACACAUUGAAAUUCCGAUGUAAUUCCAGGUUUAUUUUUGUGCCAAAGUUAGUGUAGAUAUUCAAUUCUGAUUAAAAUAACAUUUUACUUUAGGUGUUUGGGGGGAGAAAUAUUGCACAAUUUUCACAAUCAUUUCAAGUCAAACUUGAAAAUUUGUGUUAAAAAGAUAGCAAAGUUACUGGUAUAAAAUACCUUUAUCAAUUAUGUCCUAACUAAAUGAUAAUUGAAAUAUUAAACAGUUUUGUUUAACUCUUUGCUUAAAGUAUCCUCACGCACUAAAUUGAUUACCGGUAAACCUUCACAUUCGUUGAUUUAAAGUCCUGUAUUUGGUCUGGUUCGAAGUAUCUGUAAAUUACAAUGUUACCAUUCAACCACAUUCACAAAUAACUGCUGCAAAAAAAUAUCGGAUCACAUGGAAUUUUUCACUCAUUCAGAAAAUCGACUAUUUUUAUAGAGUUUAAGUUCAACUUUUACGUAACUUGAAUUUGCGAGUCCAGAGUGUUGGUAGAAUGGUAACAGAUUGACUGUAGUGCUCUGUUGUUCUCCACGCGGUGUCCGUCUGUCUGUGAUGUGGUGUAGCAGUGACGGACGCCGUUGCUGUCCCUGUCCCCAGGUGUCUGGAUGUUGGUGGCAUAUAUUGUACUCUACAUGGAACUCAUAAUAAAUACUCAAUAUGAAAACAA